AUGGAGCUAGUUAUAUGGUAUAACAGCUCAUUUCAUGACGCUUGGUGGCAACUAAGGAAACUUAUCAUUGGAUUCAAGAAUGUGUAUGAUCAUAAAGGUGCAACUAUAGCUAAGGUUCUUAUUGAUUGUAUGGCUGAGUGGGACAUCAAGCGAGUUUUCUGCGUCACCGUUGACAACGCCACAGCUAACAGUAAUGCCAUGGAGACAUUCAAGAAAGAGUUCAAGCAGCUAGGAGAUGAUGCGCUGAUUCUGAAAGGUGAUUUUCUCCAUUUAAGGUGUGCUACUCAUAUCAUUAACUUGAUUGUGAAACAAGGUCUGAUGGAGAUAGUUGAAAGUGUUAAUGCUAUCCGUAACGGCAUUUACUUUGUGAGAUCUUCCACACCUAGGAUCAAGGCAUUUGAGAAUCAUGUGGAAUCAAGAAGGAUUCAAAGAGGAAGCUUGCCUCUAGAUGUGAAGACUAGAUGGAAUUCGACUUAUGAUGUUAGACCAAGCUUUGAAGUUCAGAUUGGCAUUUGA